AUGUGUGUUGCUCACUUAAUUGGAUUAGCACCACUUUCAAACCAACAACAAUAGAGUAAAGCCUCCAGGGCAUGUGUUUGUGCAUGUACACAUGUUCCUUCUCGUGUAUUAUGAGUGAAUGCUCGCUGGUAAGAGCGUGGUUUCAAAUGUGGGCGUGCAGAAAGGAGAUUAAACCAAGGGUGUUAGAGAUCACUCAGGAGGAAAACAUUCAGGGAGUUUUGUGAGCAAAGAGCCUUUGUGACCAUCAGGGGCGUGAAAUAAGGAAAGUUUUUCCUCAGAAAUGUUUGUCUGACAUUCGGAGGGCUACUUCAGAGCAUAUUUCUAACAGACUGAGUGCUUGGAGGCAAAAAGACACAAACCAAAAGAUUUAAAGCAGAAAUCUUGUCAUGGCAACAAAGCCUGUUGCCUGCGAGGAACAUGGGCCUGUUAACCCACCAGAAGAUCUGGUCCAUGAGUCUCCAACACAAAGUGAAUCAGAUGCCAACAGAAGCCACAAUCUGUCUCUGCAAGACAUGGAGGCUCCCAGGGAAGAACCUCAAAAGGAUUUAGACAUCGUGGAGCCUGAAGCACUGCCUCUGCAAGAGAGCCAAACACUCUCAAGACCUGAAAUAGCUGACGAUAACAAAUCAGAAAACCAGGAAUCAACAGGAAUUAGUGUUAGUAUCACUAGGGAUACACAAGAAGAAGUGGAAGUGGAGGAUUCCCAACCCUCUGCUCCUGUCAGUUCUUUAUCAAAGGAAGAACUCACUGAGAAAGCAGGAUUUUCCAGCCCAGAGGGGGAAGAGGCAAAGAGUAUCACUGAUUCAGAGAUCAUCUCACAUGAGAAGGACCUUUUAUCUCAUGAUAGCCAUAACAGUCAGAAACAUCCAGAGACUUGUCCUCUCACUGAGCCACUUCAAGAAAAAGAGUCAACAUCUGAAGAAACAGUAGAUGACACACAUCCAAGCUCCUCACAAGAUGCUUCUGACAACAGUAAAGCUGAAAAUAAUACGGCACAGCCUGAAGCUGCUGGAAUUAAUUCAACCGCUCAUUAUUCUCCCACUAACAGAAGCGACUCAAAUGAUGUAUCUGCUACAUGCUCUCCUCCUUCUGCUGAUGAAAGCGAGGAAGAAAAAGAUGUGAGCAUGAAAAAUACAUCUUGUCAGCAGCAGUUGACCAAACUAGCUAUCAAAAGUAAGCCUCUCCGGCCCUCACAUUCAAUCAGUUUAUCUGACAUAACCUUAGACAGGCUUGCAGUUGCCCAAGUUAAACUGAGGGAGGAGCUAUUGGCCCAAAUCCGGCGUGAACUUGCCCUCAGGGGAGCCAACCAGGAAACUGCACAACAGGUGCUCAGCCAGGCCCUUCCACCUUUGUCGGCAGUUGCCAUGGAGCUGUCUAAUAAGGGAGGGGUGGCUUCUUCUCAGGACUCUGGGAGAGAAAGGCAAAACAGGGCGGGGGAAAGAGCAGAGGGAGAAAGCACGCAAACAGGUGGAGAGGAAGGGCAGACAGAGGGUGGACUUGAUAGGAAUAAGGCGGUUGGAAAGCAACAGAGCGGAGGAGCGCAUUAUUCAAAAGCAGCCCAAACACGAAAGCCUAAGCCAAAAAGAUACAGAUUUGUUUCUUCUAAACACACCAGGAUGGAGAGCGACUCAUGUGACGACAGCCAAAGUGACAGCGGAGUUUCAGCAGACUUCUCCCCAUGUAGCACAAUGGAGAGCAGCAACACCGUCUCUCCAAGCACUCCAGUUCCUGCGGUCAAAGAGACCCCCAUUGAGAGGGAGAUUCGUCGGUCUAUAGAGCGCGAGCAAAGCCUGAGAAGAUCCAGGGGGCUUCCUAAGCAACCAACUCUUCCAGAGUAUGUGGAGAUCCCCCUAAAGAAAACUGUCCUCAUACAGCCUCAAACAAUGAGCCCUGAGAAGUGUCAAGGCAAAGACCGGCAGUUUGCAGGCAAGAAGAUGCGGCAUGAAAUCCACGAGGAGGUCCAGAGGGAGGAGGAUCUAGUCAAGCUUGGGAAAGUUCCAGGAUUCUACUACAAAGGCACAGUCCGCCAGCUUAAAGAGAGGAAAAAGCUAUUUGAAGCAUUUCAGGCACCUGUUGUCCCGACUUUACCUCCUCCAACCAGGACUAGAGCCAAAUCCUGGCCUUUCUCCACUCCCAGUGAAAUCCUAGACCUUGUGAACCAGGACACAGCUACUGUAAGACAAACAUGUUUGGAGAAGAACCCAAGCUCUACCAAAGGAGGAGGCUCCACUUCUGUGGCCCCCCGAGGACCAGGAUUCACAGAGGGGACAGGCUGCCAGGUCAUCAUCAUAGAGAAUAAUCUGGAUGUGGGAACACAGAAUCUCUACCACACCAAGCCAAAAACAGAGGCCACCUCUACCGUCGACUUUGCAAGGCCCAGCAUCCCAUCACAUCGGACAGAGGGGCACGGCAGGAUUAAAGUGAGGGAGCAAGAACUAAAGGAGGAAGAGGAGGAGGAGCUGACACCUAGGGAGAACCCCUUUUUCAAGCUGCGUUCCUCAACAAAUCUAGUUAAAGUGGAGCAGGACAUCCGGGAGGCUCAAGAGAGGGAGAGAGAGCUUCUCAAGCAGAGGAUGUGUCUGUAUGGUUGUGGAGGAGGAGGAGACGGAGGAGGAGGAGGAGGGAGGCCAGCCAACUUCGAAGGAAGGAAUACCAAGUUGACUCGCUCUUCCUCACUGAAUAGACUUCCUGCUACUGACUCGCCUGGCUCAUUACCCAGGCCCGUAACUGGACCCCCAGCAGCACGCCAGUCAGUUGGCAAGUUGGGCAUGUGGCCACCUGCCCAGGCUGGAGAAGAGAAGACUUCCAGGCCAGAUAUAUUCUACAGUCCCAGAAAGAAGACACCUUUGGUGCAACGCUGGGAGGCUGGCUUGAUCAACGGACACAACCAGGAAGACAAAUGAGGAUUGGGGGGGGUACCUGAGACCUCCGCUUUUGAAGUGAGGGGCUAAAACGAUGGUGCAAUAAAAAUAAGAGCUGUUAAAGGAAAAGAAGGAACAGAGUAGAGGAGGGAGUGAUAGAGAAGAGGAGGAAAAAGAGAACAUGAGGAAAGAAAGAGGCCAGGGAUUGAGGCUGCAAAAGGGGUCAGAAGAAUUGGGGGCAGGGAAAGGAUUGAUGGUGGACUCAAAACUCUGAAGAGACCUUCAGCAGAGAGGGGAGGAAGCACACCUAUUAGUGGUUAAAGCACUUGGCCUGCUUCUGGUACUGGAAAACUUAGAGACUAAUGAAUGUAAAAAAGGCACAAUAAAAUAAUGAUAGCACUGCAUCAGAGAGAAGAAAAUGUAAAUUUAGAAGGAAAGAGAUUUCCAAACUUUUAUGAAGUUCUUUGCUAUUCUAAGGUUGGCAUAGAUUUAUUUGAUGAUGAAAAUAGGUGGAGCUGGUUUGUAUCUUAUACUGAAAAUAAUGAAACAAUGCCAGUUUUAUUCUUACAAUGAUGUGCUUAUUGAGUUACUAGCUUAUUACAUGUGUACAGUACAAUCCAAUCUCACA